GGGCAAUAUAACAAACAGUAACGCACGAAAUUGAAUCGAUUCAUUACAAGCGCGUACGAAGCAUAUGAAAAAUUAAGGAAGCAUGGAAUCGUGGCGAGAAUUUCGUGAAAAAGUGAUGAGACGUUAAGUAAUGAAAUUCUAAGAGUAAAAUAGCGCGAAGCACACCGUAUCGUACAAAACAGAUCGGAUAAAACGCGUAAAAUAUAACGUAUAAUUUACGCAACACGCAGGCGCGCCAACAUCGAGGUCACGCACACGCGGCCACCAACAUAAACACACACAUAAACCUACUACACAGUCGAAAGGAGGGAAGAGAGAAAGAGUAGAUGGUGCACAAGUCGGGUAGGAGUAUACCGUAUACGUCGUCUGACAACCUCCGACAUCCACACGCAUACAUACACAUCCUGUUUUUUAUAUACCGUAAAUAAAUCCACAGUUUCAUACCACACACCACCCAUGUUCACAUAGAAAGAAGCGUGAACGGUCGCGGUGUUCGACAGCUGCUUCAUAAUGUCGCGUAAAAGUGUAUCUCGGUGAUAUUGACGUGAAAAUAAGUGCAAUCGAUCGAUCGGUGGAAAAACACUAAAUCUGUAAAAUUCUACGUUUCUCCAAAGCGACUCCUCGAACUCUACGCAAAGAAAUUCAGCCCAUCUUCCAAGUACUGCGAGAGUGGCUGACAAGACGGCUACGCGUACUUUUCAAUUCCAGGAAUAUUGCCGAGGUGACGUCUUGUUUCCGGGAUAAAGAGGCAUGGCUACCUCAGUCUUGGAGGCUUCGUCAACACUGGCAUCCACUGUAUCAGGGGCCAUAAACGACACGAUGAGCAGAGCUGCAGAUCCGAGUAGCGACCCAAAUUUAACGGGAACGCCAAUUUUUCUACAAACCAAAGCGGCGCAGGGUAUCGCCGGUGUUUUCGUUUGGGCUGCUUUGUUCCUAACUUGCCAACAAAUAUACCAGCAUUUGAGAUGGUAUACAAAUCCGACUGAGCAGAGAUGGAUAGUGAGGAUUUUGUUCAUAGUACCUAUAUAUGCAACGUACUCUUGGAUAUCGUUAUUAUUCUUCAACAGCGAGAGUUACUACGUGUAUUUUUUCACCGUACGCGAUUGUUACGAGGCAUUUGUAAUAUACAAUUUCUUGUCGCUGUGCUAUGAGUAUUUGGGCGGAGAGGGUAACAUCAUGUCGGAAAUAAGGGGGAAACCGAUACGGUCCAAUUGUCUCUACGGGACUUGCUGCCUAGUCGGUAAAACCUACACGAUCGGUUUUCUAAGAUUCUGCAAGCAAGCCACCCUUCAGUUCUGCCUUGUCAAACCCGUUAUGGCAUUUGUCAUAAUAUUCCUGCAAGCCUUCGGACAUUAUCGAGAUGGCGAUUGGUCACCCGACGGUGGUUACAUAUACAUCACAAUAAUAUACAACAUCAGCGUUUCCCUUGCCCUUUACGGACUGUUUCUAUUUUAUUUUGCUACAAGAGAUUUACUCACGCCUUUCGAGCCUGUACUCAAGUUUUGCACCGUCAAAAGCGUCAUCUUCUUAUCAUUCUGGCAAGGUGUGCUGCUGGCUGUUCUCGAAAAGGCAAAUGUCAUUUCAUCUGCCAUCAAUAGCGCCGGAUUGGCAACCAGCGCUGGUACAGUAUCGGCCGGUUAUCAAAAUUUCUUGAUCUGCAUCGAGAUGUUGUUCGCCGCUAUUGCACUCCGUUACGCAUUUCCGUAUCAAGUUUACUCGGCAGGAUGCGUAACAGAUUCGAGAGGCAGGAGUGUCACCAUGCAGAGUAUCAGCAGCAGUUUGAAAGAGACAAUGAAUCCCAAGGAUAUUAUGACAGACGCAAUACACAAUUUCCAUCCUCAGUACCAACAAUACACGCAGUACAGUUCGGAGGUUAUUACCCACUUGCCGUACGAAAAGCUGUGAGCGUGUGACGCGCGACUGUGGCAUCUGUACUUUUUAAUUUAAACUUACUAAUAUUAUACAUAUUGCAAAAAAUACAAAAGAAAAGUUAAAAAUGAAUUGAAAGAGAAAGUAAUUUACAGUAAUAAAAAUUUGUGUUCAGAUAUAGACACCAUAGAAUGAUUUCUGCAUUAUAUUAUGUACAUACAUACAUCUAGCGAUGUUCAUAUAUACGGACUACGCUCCUAACGUCGAAUGAGAAUUUCAACAAAAAUGAUUUUCACUAAAUUCCUAACGAUAAAUUUUUGAUCAUAAUAUCAUUUAUACCUGCAUGACAUG